CACAUAUAGAACAUAUAUACAGAAAUGAAAAAGAAGAAAAAAAUAACAACAGCAAAAGAAAAUACAAAAUAAUUAAAACAAGGGGUUCUGGUUUGACCGGUCCUCUCAAAAGCAUGAUAAAUCCUGAACAACAUUCAAGUGUUCUUAUCUUGUGUUCUCGUUGACGUGUAAACAUUGUCCAUUUCUCCUACUUCUCACGACAUUGCUCCUCUUGAGCUUUUAUUCUGUGAGUUAACACUUCCAUAUCAUAUCAGUCACGAUUGUCAACCAUCCAUCUUGUGAUGGUGGUUCUAUUGUUUGCCAUCUCUUCGUAAUGGACUUUUUACGAGCUGCUAGCAGAAUAUUUAGCAGGUACCUGUCUUCUCAUAACACAGUAUCUGCUGUCAUAUUACCAAAGUAGAGAAGCAUAAAAUACUUAGGUGUGUCAUAGCCCAGAAUGUUGACAAUAAAUAUAUGGCCAUUUCCCCCAAACUGUACAUUUUCUGGGUAGAGACAACAUGUAUGACAAUGGUCUACAUUCCCUGCCCCACAUUUCCUCUAACAUGGUUGUUGAAUUUACAUACAUUUGCUUGUAAUUUGGGGAGUAAUACAGAAUCUAAUUAUAUUUUUCCAACAAUGUUCUCUCCAAGUUCGCGCAGAUGUUGAGGAUUAUAAAAAAAACAUAUAAGUGUAAGUAAAUAAACUGAUUCUAUAUUAACUUAAAAUCUGAACCAGUGAAUCAGUAUAAAUUGUAUAUAAAGUAACAGGCUUGCGGAACGAAACACCACAUAGACAGUGUUUCCUUACGGACCCUUUUCUGAACUGUACUCGCAUUUCAUGUGUUGUGUAGUGAGAGUUUCUUUUUUUUUAAACACGUUUAUUUUGUUAAAUUAUCCAUCUUGAUAUAUUCCUGUGACAUACGCAGAAGCUCCCGCGGUAUGUCCGGUGAUCCCAGCCGGUCCUCGGUGGAGGUAGAUCUGGGUUUCCUGGAGGAGGCGGAGCCGUGGCGGCUUCUCUCCCCGCAGUUCCCCAGUAAAGUCGGCGGGAAACCGGCGUGGCUCAGCCAGACGGGCCUGCCCCCAGUGCCGGCGCUGGAGUGCGAGAUAUGCCGCCUGCCUCUGGCCUUCCUGCUGCAGGUUUACGCACCAAUUUCUGGUCAGGACAGAAGUUUCCACAGAACGCUCUUUUUGUUCUGCUGUAAAACUCGUGAGUGCUACACGUGUAACGACAGCCGCUGUUUGAAAGUUUUCAGUUGCCAGCUGCCGAGGAGGAAUGAGUUCUACCCCUACGAUCCUCCAGAGGAUGAACCCUCCAGCGAUGGUGAACCGGACCAGAGUGUGUUGUCCGUCUCUGGAAUUAAACUGUGCUGGGUGUGCGGUUGUCCCGGCAACAAAGCCUGCUCCCGCUGCCACGCUGUAACCUACUGUGGGAAACACCACCAGACCCUCCACUGGAAACACACACACAAGACGGAGUGUGGCGCUCAGGAAGCGUCCACUGUCACGACUUCAACCUUCCUCUUCCCCGAGUCUGAGCUGAUCACUGAACCUGAGGAGGAGGAGGAGAAGGAGGAGGAGGAGGAGAAGGAAGACCCACAGGAGGCCGAAGAAGAGAACGGGAGUGAAGAGUGUCCCUCCUUCGCCGACACCAUGGCAGAGACGGACCUGGAGGCGAUGGCUACGCACGAGACUGAAGACAACGAAGUGUUCCAGCGGUUUAAAAAGCGGAUCGCACCAGAACCGCACCAGGUGGUGCGUUACAGUCGAGGGGGCUCCCCCUUGUGGGUCUCUUUUCAGCACAUCCCUUGCGAUCAGGAUAUCCCAGCAUGCACCUGUGGCGCCGAGAGGACUUUUGAGUUUCAGGUGAUGCCGCAGCUGUUAAACAGUCUGUGUGUGGACUCGACUGCAGCCAGUAUCGACUGGGGGACACUGGCUGUCUAUACGUGCUCUGCCAGCUGUAACCAUGGCGACCAGUACCGCCCCGAGUUCAUCUGGAAACAGGACUUCGGCUCUGAUCGCAUGCAGAUGAAACCCACAUGAGAUCUUCCUGCUGCUGGACAGAGUUCAGGAUGCACGUGGCAGCUCAGCGUGACGUCGCUCCCCAUUUAGUGGAACGGACAUCUGCUGUAGUUAGUAGUUAGCUGCUCGUCUAACUGAUGACACACGGAUCACAUUAAAAUCAGUGUGUCGUUAAGCUGGCCGAGAGAGGAAUCUUUCUAAGACUGGGAAGGACAAUAAAGGUGUUUUUGGAGUGCAAAAAAAUCACUAUGUAUUUUCAUCUUUCUAUUAGAAGUUUAGACAGGAAUUAUAGUUCUGGUUCCUCAACACUUUCAAAUAUUUCCUAUUGUACGAUGAACAAGGAUUCUGGUGGUCUGUCUGACCUGUGUGGUUUGUGAGUAACUUAUGUGCUACAUCAGUGGUUCUCAACCUUUUUUCAGUGAUGUACCCUUUGUGAAAUACUUUUUUCAGCCAAGUACCCCCUAACCAGCGCAAAUAAUCUUUGGUAAAAAAAAAGUAGUAAUACACAGCACUGUGCCAUCAGUGUCGGAUUUAUUAAACUGUCAACAAUGAACAUUGCAUUAAACUGAAUGCUUUAGCAUUUACAUUUUAAUGAGAAACGUG